AGAAUUAAGAAAAAAUAGACAAAAAUUUGACUCUUUCCAGCAGUCACAAAUACGUGAAACCAAAAUCCAUUUUCAGUGUUUCACAACAAAUUCACGCGGAUUCAGAUAAAAAAUCACGUGGAUUAAAUGGCGUGGUGUCAGCCUUGGCAAGACUCUACUUUCACCAGUAUAAAAUGAAUUCCAGAUCCCUUUUCUUCGCUUCUUCCUUGUGGCUCUGACCUCCCUUUGCGUUCUUCCUUCUUCCUACGGAGGAUUCUCUUCAGGCGUUCUUUUGUGGAACAGAAACGGUUUCGAAAAUGAACCAUUUCAAUGUUCAGCACCAGAACGCCUCUUAUGUGGGCUGUGAAGACGUCAGAGGGUCUGCCUUUAUCUCUGAUACCAAGGACCCUGUGGUGUGCCCCAAGCCUAGGCGAGUUGGGAUUUUGUCCAACAGCCCCAUUAGGCCCUUGAGAUGGCAGAUGAGCAGUCAUCAAUCUGAGUUUAGUGACUCAAAAGCUGGGGCAGAGCUUCUGGACCUCAUUCUCAGGAAGGAGGGCUAUGGAUUGGAACAAUCUUUGAACGAUGUUGCCUCCUCACCCCCAUAUUUUUGUGGCUCCCCUCCCAGUAGGGCUUCUAACCCAUUAAUUCAAGAUGCCCGAUUCGGAGAUGAGAAGUUUACUCCUGUUUCGGCAUCUCCAUCCCCAUCUACUUUAUCGUCCCCACGCAAAGCAGGUUGUGUUAGAAUGAAGUACGGACUUAAACCUGCUGCAGUUAGAGUAGAGGGAUUUGAUUGUCUCAAUAGGGAUCGCCAAAAUUCCAGCAUCCCAGCAUUUGCCUAAACUUCAUUGAAAGAAGUGUACAUAGAAGAGCUAAAUGCCAUCACAGCUCACAAAUUCAGCAGAAUUAACAAGAGGAGGGAGUUUUGAUAAUUUUUGGAGAAACUGAGAUCAAUUAGUAUUGUAUAUAGGAUAUGUGCUUUUGUUGGUGAUCAUCUCAUUGCUAAUGUCGCUGCUAGAGGUUUGAUGGAACAUCACGAAAGUGUGUCAAACUGGAGAAAAGGUAUGUAUAUGUUUAAAGCCUUGGCUCUGUUGUAAUAUAAGAUGGGUCUUGAUGUUUAUGAAGAGUCUGUAUAAAACUAUUGGUUAUUUAGUUUGAUCUGUUACCCUGUAAAUGUAUUUUGGCAAGGCCUAAUUAUGCUAGUGCUCUUUGGAACAAUGGUCCAAUUUUCGCGUUA